AUUGUUGAGUAAUGGAUCGUGUUUUGAUUGGUCCUUUUGACAUCACCGGCGUCAGUCAAUACCUGUGGGUGUAGGUGGGCUGAAAAGCCAAAACAAUUGACUAGUAACAGGCGCUUUAUUUUCCUCCUCCCCUCGUUUCGCGCAACAUGCCGCGUUCGCCUCGCUUGGCUCAUAAAGCAGCUGUUAUGCAGGCUAUUCUUAAGUUGACCUCAUCUUUCAUUUGAUAGAAUCAGGUUCUACAAAUGUUGAUUCAAACGUUUUCUAGGCGUCACCCUAUAUAAAAGUGCUAUUUUGAAAUAUGCAAUGUUGGUUUCCUUUCAGGAAUUGCAAUCACCCUUUUCUGGUAAAACACAAUGUCAUGCACAGCCUUCAAUCUUAAAAGUUUCCCUCCUGGCUGAUGAGUGGGGGUCAUCUAAGGGUGGCUUGUCAACAAUCAACAGAACGCUUGCCAUACAUUUGGCAACACUCCCAAACGUACAAGUCAGUAUUAUUGUACCUCAAUUUGAGUGCGGUGAAGAUGACAAGAGAGCUGCCAAGGGUUACAACAUUUCCAUCAUGGAAGCACAUCGUCGCCCUGGCUUUAGUGAUCCUCUUGAUUGGUUGAGCUUUCCACCAAGAAACCUUGACAUUCAAGUCGUGGUUGGUCAUGGUGCAAAGCUGGGUAAACAAGCUCAAAUCAUCCAAGAGUCUCAUUGUUGCAAUUGGGUGCAGGUAGUUCACACCGAACCUGAAGAGCUAGCCAUGUAUAAGAACUAUCCUGGCGCAAUUACCAAGGGAGAGGGAAAGAACAGAGCUGAAGUUGAGCUGUGCCAACUUGCAGAUCUCGUUGUGGCAGUUGGGCCCAAGUUGACAGAAGCAUUCUCGUCCUACUUGCGUUCAUCUCAUCGAGAUGUAUUCCAGCUGAUGCCAGGCACCUUUAAAGAGUUUUCAGAUGUUGAGCAUGCCACUACGCGAGCGAGUGCGAAGUUCAAGGUGUUAACCUUUGGCCGUGGUGAUUUUGAAGACUUCAGUCUCAAAGGGUACGACAUUGCCGCUCAAGCAAUAGUUGAAUUGAAGGACAGUUCUUACCGUCUGAUCUUUGUUGGUGCACCUGAUGGAAAGCAGGAUGAAGUCGCGGAAAUCUUAUGCCAGACGGGCAUUUCAAGAAACCAGUUGUUUGUCAGGUCAUUCGUGAAAGACAAGCAAAGAUUAAAAGAGUUAUUUUGUGAAGUUGAUGUGGCCAUCAUGCCUUCAAGAACUGAGGGAUUUGGCUUGACAGCACUGGAAGCCAUGUCAGCCGGUCUCCCCAUUCUAGUAAGUGGAAACUCUGGAUUUGGAGAAGCACUGCGUUGUCUUCCAAUGGGUAUGUCAUUUGUGAUUGAUUCGGAUGACCCCAAGGAAUGGGCAAAGGCAAUAGCAGCUAUCCAACAAAAAUCUAGGGCACAGCGGCUUGAGGAAAUCCAAAGACUUCGAAGAAGUUAUGAAGAGAGAUUCAGUUGGGAGAGACAGUGCAAAUCCCUUGUUGACACGAUGUGGAAGAUGGUUUAUGGUAAGAAAUCAAAUUCUUAUCCUAAGUAAAGUAACGAUAAUUUAAAUGAGCAAUUUUAGGAUCAGGCUGAGUAUGAUCUGAAAAAUUUUGUAGAUCGUGGAGGAUGCUGGCCGAUGCGGAUAACACCCUACGAGAUCUGCAUAAUUUCGCACAUCAUUUGAAAUCCCAAUCCAAUUAUUGUUUUAUUAUCCAUUCAAUAUAGUUCAUUGAAAAACAUGCCUACCUCGAUCGAUGUUAAGUUUCUGUCUUCAACAUUUUUCCAGGGCCUCUCAGUUGCCGUCCCCUUUUCUGGCGAUAUCCUAUACUAUUGACGUCGUUUUACUGGAUAUCGCAAACGUCUUCCAAAUUUGAUCAUCGCUAGCUGGUUUUAAAGAAAUAGCCGUGGGAUUUGAGUCAUUCUCAUUAUGUUCUGUUGAAACCACCGUAAUUUAAAAUGGUCAGUUGGUUUUUCUUUGGACCCGUGUUCUAUCUCCCAUAGAACGUUUUCACUCACGUGGCGUUUUACAUGACGUCAUGUGAAAACGCUAUAUUAAACUGACGUGAAAUAACCUUUCGCAUUUUGGAUUUUUUCUCUUUAUCAUUUGCAGGUGGACUGGUUUUCCUUGCACUUCGAAAAAUCAAGCUGGAAGCGCGUAGAGAGGCCAGCAAAACUGAGCUGUCGUUGAAUUUAAAGAGGAUUGCUUUGGAGAAAGGUUUUGUGAUUUCUGACAAUCAAGGGGAUGGAAACUGCAUGUUUUUUGCACUGUCAGAACAGCUUGAGCACAUCAAAGGAAUUAAAAUCUCCCAUGAUGAGUUACGCCGAACUGUUGUCCAGUACCUCAAGGACAACCCCAGGCUGGUUAGUGUUCUUUUUUAGUGCCUUAAAAUUAUUUAUCUCAGACUAGCAACUUAAACUGACCGAAGUGGAGAAGGGUCCAAGCAUAAAUGGAAACAGACGGGGGAACAUUUCCUUUUUUCGCCUCGGCCGUUAAGCUUCUUUUGCGUACGUUUAAAGAAACAGACCUGUGACUUGACUGAAAUAGAACUUUUCCACCACGGUGGCUUUUUUCCUGCUCACUUCUCUUUUGCGUCAUCCACAUUAUCUGAACGCUUGAAGAGAAUAAUGGACAUAUAGAGUUGGUCCUCAUCGUUCUUUAUUUAUUUUCUUUGAAACUUGAUAAGGUGGACAGCUCUCUUAGAGUACGACUACUAACGGUGUCUGUGGCCCAGGGGACUACUCCCUAUUAUGGCCUAUACGGGGAGGCUCUGCACAAAAGGGGUACCUUUUCCAGGCUACAGGUAUAUGAAAGGGUAGGGACUUCAUUAGUUUCAAUGUAGAAAGGGGGUAGGGACAUCUGUCAUUUCGGUCUGUAAAAGGACUAAAAAGGGCUAACAGACGCAUUUUAUGGAUGUAAAAGAAACAAGAAAACUUCCUGGUUUAGUGAUUUAUUCAUAAAAAAAGACGCUGCAUUUACAGCAGUUAAAAGGGAUGCAAAGUUCUAAAAAAGAUGUGUAUGUGAAAGGGGUACCAUUUGUCAAAAGAAAGUAUACGAAAGGGGUACCUUUUCUGUCAACUAUUGCACGUAUAUUACAACCUUACAAUAUACGUGUUGCACACAAACCGAUAACCACUAAUGUCAAGGACAAAGACAAACCGGAGGACAGACAGGGAACAGUAUACAAGAUCAAAGGCUUCUUACAUUGGUGAAACCGGAAGAAACCUUAGCACGUGACUGACCGAACACAAACGGAAUGGUGACGUCAACAAUCACAUUGCUGAGCACCAUUUACAGACGAAACAUCGAAUUGAUUAGGACUCUGCGACAUGUAUAACGUAUUCUACAGACUACUUUCAAAGUCUUACUUUAGACAGCGGGUUUACUAACUUAGAACAAACGCCACUGAAUCGUAGCCAACAGUUACCAAGCCGUACAAACGACUUAUUGACGACUGUGACAAUAGACGGAUCGAAACGCACUAAUUACUGAGUACGAGUCUUCAUAGCCAGUAACAUCACGGCUUAACUGACAGACGACCAACAACAUCGCGACGUAAUUGACCAAUCAGAUCAAUAACCAGAGUUUAAUACCAUCAACUGACGUGAUAAACUCACUUUGACUCUAAAGAUGACUACCGCACAGGUUGUCGAAACGUCAGUCACUGUCAACAACAACAGUCCGAUUCAGGAGUACGUUCCAAGGACGAUCAAACUCAACCUACUUUUGAAAUGACUCCUGGGUUCAAACCUUUCACAAUUUUCACAAAGGUAUAUAAAAGGGUAAGGGGUUGGACCUCGGGGCGGACGGAGCUUCCCCAUAUAAAGUCGUUGAGUACCCCCCCCCCCCCUCCCCUUCGGGGGUCUGUGUUGGAGAGAGCUGACUGCGUGGUUUCCUGAAUAAGAACCGUCUAGAAAUGCACUUUGUCGUCUCUCUAGUAACUACAGCAUUCGUUCUCUUACAGCCGGAUGGGACAGAUCUCUUCCACUUUGUUGAUGGAUUUUCAUCUUGGAACGCUUACCUCACAAGCAUGAUGGCAGAUGGUACAUGGGGUGAUCACGUGAUUCUCCAUGGUGCUGCAAACUGCUUUGAAACAUGCAUUCACGUGAUAAGCAGUCUGCCGCAUCACCAUGACGUAAUGAUCUGCCCAGAGUAUGAUGUUACUGGUAACAAUCGGCUUGUGCUGGGUCACGUGCAUGAGCUCCACUAUGUCGGUCUUUUUCCACUUGAAGGAUGCUAAGAUGGCUAAUUACUCUGCAAUGUUCUUAUUUUCCAAACUCGCGUUACCAAAUUCAUGUCAUUUGAAUUUUAGCAAUUGUACCUUUCAUUUGCCACCUUAUUUGCUGUGUUGUUGGCGAGAAACUUCUUUGUCCACUUAUACUGAACAUGUUUGCAAUUCAUCAAUGUUAUUGUGAAUUGUAAAUGAUAUUUUCUUUCCUUGCAUUUAAUGUAUAUAUAUAUUUUCUAUAUAGUUUUUAUGUAGUGUCAGCUCGAAG